GCCACCGCCAGCAGCAUGAAGUUUUCCAUCCCGAUGCCCGGUGGUGGUACCGGGCUGGCCCUCUUCUCCAAACUAAUUCGCACGAAAGAUCUGCGCAAGCUGCAGGAGGAGGACCCGAACAGUACAAAGCCCAAGCUAACCAAAUGUCUCACCACACUCGAUCUGACCUCGCUGGGCGUGGGCUCUUGUUGUGGUACCGGCAUGUACCUGGUGGCCGGUAUGGUCGCGCGAAACAUCGCCGGACCGGGAGUAGUGCUUAGUUUUUUCAUAGCAGCCGUAGCUAGUAUAUUCUCAGGCGCCUGCUAUGCUGAGUUCGGUGUACGAGUGCCACACACGUCCGGAUCCGCGUACAUGUAUUCUUAUGUUUCCGUGGGAGAAUUCGUAGCGUUUGUUAUAGGAUGGAAUAUGAUAUUAGAAUAUUUAAUUGGUACGAGCGCGUGUGCCUGCGCCCUUAGUGCAAGCUUCGAUUCGCUAUCGGGCGGCUUCAUAGGUAGAAGCAUAGCAGCCUCAGUGGGGACCAUAUUCGGGCGGCCACCGGAUUUCAUCGCAUUCGGCAUUACGCUCGUAAUGACGUUCAUACUGGCACUCGGUGCUAGCAAGUCGGUGCUCUUCAACAACGUUCUCAACACGGUGAAUCUUGCAUCGUGGGUAUUUAUACUAACUGCAGGCUUGUUUUACGUCGACACCAACACCUGGACCGAGCACGAAGGUUUUCUGCCUUUUGGCUGGAGCGGGGUAUUUACCGGAGCGGCCACAUGCUUCUACGCCUUUAUCGGGUUCGACAUUAUAGCAACCACCGGCGAGGAGGCUCACAAUCCGCAGAAAAGCAUCCCAAAAGCAAUCGUAGGCUCGCUAGUGAUCGUCCUGAUAGUGUACGUUACCAGCAGCUUCAUCCUUACAUUAGUUGUUCCUUACGAUCACAUCGACACUGGUUCGGCGUUGGUGCAAAUGUGGACCUACGUUGGAGCGCCUAAGUGUCGUGCGCUGGUUGCAAUCGGUGCCACGGCCGGUCUCAGCGUGGCCAUGUUCGGGUCCAUGUUCCCAAUGCCGCGCGUUAUCUACGCCAUGGCGCAAGAUGGCUUAGUAUUCCGACAGCUUUCGCAGCUAUGGGCAAAAACCGGUGUUCCAGGAAUAGCCACGAUCGGCAGUGGCAUAGCGGCUUCCCUCGUUGCUCUUACGGUGCAGCUCGAAGUUCUGGUUGAGAUGAUGUCGAUUGGGACGCUGCUUGCAUACACGCUCGUAUCGACCUGCGUCUUGAUCUUGCGCUAUCAACCGCAUAGUACCUCGCUGGUUGAUCUACUACCUGCGCAGCUUCGCACACCACAGCCACCGAGUACACCGGAUCCAACCACUCAGCAACGAGUGAAGGCGAACGUAAUGGUGAAGAAAAUUAUGCGCGGAUCGCCCGACUCCGAUGACAGCUACGGUGAAGAUAGCCCGGAAGAAUACAUGGGCCGGGACGAUCAGUUCCUGGUGUCAGACCGCACGGAAAACAAAUUUUAUGGUGCAGUACAUGGAACAUCGCAUGGAGUCGAUGACACUUGCUCGAUAUGGGGAUGCGAUUACCUUGGACGUGUAAUUCAACAAUAUUCCUACCUUUGUCCGGGAUUUUUCCCUUGGAUUAGACCCGGACCGGCAACUCACGAAACAGGCAUGUUCGUAACGAAACUAGUAGGACUGAUGUACGUGUGCAUAUUUUUACUCGAUCUCUUCAUGGCCAUUGGGCUGACGGGGACGUUCUUUUCGCUAGUGUACACCGCACUGGUGUUGACCAUCAUUUGGAUUUUGCUCGUCAUUUCGCGACAACCUCAGAAUCGAUAUGCACUAUCGUUCCUCACGCCUGGACUUCCAUUCAUUCCCACGAUCGCAAUUACGGUGAACAUUUAUCUAAUAUUCAAGCUCAGCAUUCUCACCCUGGUACGGUUUACCGUCUGGAUGACGCUCGGCUUGAUCAUGUACUUCUACUACGGCAUUACACACAGCUCGUUGGAGAACCCGAGCGAAGAGUUUGAGCUAACCGUCGAUAAUAAUGGCACGGCAGAUGGGAAUCUUAAACUGGACGUUCCUCCCAUUACCACUAAGAAGCCUGGCAAACGCCACCAUGCCGAACCUGUCUGGGAUCGUCAUGGCUACGAGAACCGCAUGGCCACGAAUGACGAGGGCGAGUAUCAGUGGUCUACAACGAACCAGCAGCCCAACAACACCAAUCCAUACAACUGGAACUCCAACGAUGCUUGGGGCGAUCGAACGAUCUACGAUCCGCCUCCACAGUCAACGAACAUUUUCCAACCUCCGCCAUCGGCGAACUCCGCCCCAUCUGCUCGCCCAACGUCCGAGGCUAAAAAGGAUGGGUUCGGUAUGUUUUACAACGAGUCAGCAACCUACCCAACAUGGGAUGACUAAAGCGUGCCGGGUGUCGCAUCCUUCCACUGUACAUAAUGCACGCUGCGAACCGUUCGAGGCACUUACUACCCAGAACUCAUCAUCAUUAUCCCAAGACACACGUCCGACAUUUGUUUGGUUCUUCGUUGGAUUUUAGUUUCUGCGAACUUAUAUUCACAACGCAUUAUAGUUUUCCAUACAUAGAAAUUCCAUACAGAUAUUUUAAGCUCUCUGUACAUCGUUAACAGUUCGUAGCCAAAUGGGCAAGUGAAGAAUGUGAUAAAAUGCAGACACUCUAAAGAGAAAGAUAUACACACAUAGAAAGGAAACUGCAACAUAUCCCUAUGUUAAGUUAGAUUCAUUAGCCGGGAGGGUUUAUAGAAGACGAUUCCUGAUUUCUAUCGGCAGCUAUGGACAAUCUUGGGAUGGACUAUUUUUUCGACCAUGUAACACUAGGUUACCUGUUUUUAAAUUAUACCAACUGUACUUGUUAGAGAUCAAUUUACUGUAGAUACUUUCAAUUGAACAGUUCAUAGCACCUUGUAAAGCAAUUCAGCGGAUGUUCCGGAUUGAGUUUAUGUUGAAACUUUUGAGUUUACCGAAUCAGAGCAGACUACCUUGUAUGACAUGCCUUGUCAUCUCAGAGAGCACAUGGUGACCGGGUUUCUUCUCGAAGUAUAAACAAGCAAACACAAAUAUUAAAUGCGACGAUUUAAUGCUACGAUCUACAGCUAAGCAUCUACCUGAUAUAGGAAAGGCAAUCAGACCGAAUCGUGUGUAAUUUAGUGUAGUGAAAUAGUGGUGGAUAUUCUUCAGACGGCACUGUAAAAUUUGCACCCAUCUCCCACAUUACGACGCGCACGUACAUUCCCUAUCGUCACGUCUCAUCUUCUAACGCAUAGGCUGGUGUAACUCUAAAGCAGCACGUUGUAUCUUUCUUGCAAUAGCAUUCACCGAUAUGACGGGCGG